AUGACAGCCACGAAACGGGUACUAGUUCAAAUUCACGGAGCGAAAACAGGGCGUCUCGAGAAGAAGCGAUCGCGAUGGAGUUUGUUCGUAGGGAGGGGAGGAGGGGAGGUUAGUUGGAGUUGGAGAAAAGAAGGAGUUGUCGUGAUUUUUCUGUGGACCGGGAAUCAGCGGCUGGAUUCUGGAUUGGAUUUUAGACGGACUUGGGCUCUUGAAGAGGCUGAGACGACGGGCCCCAGUUGCUGCCAGAACUGGCUGAACAAAAUAACCAAGCAGCCAAUCCAGGUCCAGGGCAUUCCAGUCAUCUACUCUGCUGGGGACAAUGACAAGAGUCUCAAAGAGUUUCAACCAGACCUCUCUCGGCUUGUUUCAAAUGUCGCCGGCCUUAUUUGCACCCAGUCUGGCCCAGUGCCUAGGUUCCGCUUAACGGGCACCAAACGGCGAAAAGCUGGGCUAGGCUAGAAUACUUGAUACAAAAGAGAACGAGUGGUCACUGGAAUGUUGAAGGAAAAUGAA